GUCACAUGACGCAGCCCAUCAUGGCGGCGGGAGCGCGGCUGCCUGGGCCCGCGGCUCCGCAGGCUGGGUGCCGUUGCUGCUGUUGAGGGGCGGCGGCGGCGCAGACGGGCGGGAAGGAUGAUGCUGGCUCUGUGGCCAGAGCGGCGGAUGCAGACCGGGAACAGGGUUGACGUUUGGCUAACGAGACGUGUGUCCCGAAGCAGCCGGCGCCGGUGUCGCUGAGGCGGCGCGGAGGGCUGACUGACUGAAGGCGGCAACCCGAGAGCCGGCCCCGGCAGGGGACCGCGCGGUGGACGAAAUGCCGGGACCACCGGCAUCAUCGCCGCUGCCGAUGCCGCUGCUGCUGCUUCUGCUCUUGACCGUCGGCAGUGCCCGGGCCGCGCCACUUCCGCAAACAGGUGCAGGGGACGCACCUGUUGUAGAAGUUCCCUCCUUGUUUGUGAUCCUGUCGGUGUGCAGUUUAAUGGUACUGAUAGUGUUAAUUGCAAACUGUGUUUCCUGCUGUAAGGACCCAGAAAUAGACUUUAAGGAAUUUGAAGAUAAUUUUGAUGAUGAGAUAGACUUCACACCACCAGCAGAAGACACCCCCUCUGUCCAGUCCCCAGCAGAGGUCUUCACACUCUCAGUGCCAAACAUUUCACUUCCAGCCCCAUCCCAGUUCCAGUCUUCUGUGGAAGGUUUGAAGUCUCAGGUCGCUCGCCACAGUCUAAACUAUAUACAGGAGAUUGGGAAUGGCUGGUUUGGGAAGGUGCUCCUGGGAGAGACUUACACAGGCACCAGCGUCACAAGAGUCAUAGUGAAGGAGUUAAAAGUCAGUGCAAGCCCAAAGGAACAAGAUACUUUCCUGAACAGUGGAGAGCCUUACUACAUUCUUCAGCAUCCGAAUGUUCUUCAGUGUGUCGGGCAGUGCGUGGAAGCCAUUCCCUACCUUCUGGUGUUUGAGUUCUGCGACCUGGGUGACCUGAAGGCUUACCUGCACAAUGAACAAGAGCACGUGCGCAGCGAGUCACAGACCAUGCUGCUGCAGAGGAUGGCGUGCGAGAUUGCCGCAGGGCUGGCAGCCAUGCACAAGCUGCACUUCCUGCACAGUGAUCUGGCCCUACGGAACUGUUAUCUCACCUCCGACCUAAACGUCAAAGUGGGUGACUAUGGGAUAGGCUUCAGCAGAUACAAGGAGGAUUACAUAGAGACGGAUGACAAAAAAAUUUUCCCCCUGAGAUGGACUGCUCCAGAAUUAGUGACCAGCUUUCAAGACAGACUCUUGACCGCAGAUCAGACUAAGUACAGUAACAUCUGGUCCUUGGGUGUAACACUUUGGGAACUCUUCAACAAUGCUGCUCAGCCCUAUGCAAACCUUUCUGACCUGGACGUUCUCAAUCAAGUCAUUAGAGAGAGGGACAUGAAACUCCCCAAGCCCCAGCUGGAACUGCCUUACUCGGAGAGAUGGUAUGAAGUGCUGCAGUUCUGCUGGCUGUCCCCUGACAAGAGGCCGGCUGCAGAGGACGUGCACCGCCUGCUCACCUACCUGCGGAUGCAGAGCCAGCGGGACUCGGAGGUGGACUUCGAACAGCAGUGGACUGCUCUCAAGCCUAACGCCAACAGCAGGGACCCCUCAAGCAGUGCUGCCUUCCCCAUCCUUGACCACUUUGCCCGGGACCGGCUAGGUCGGGAGAUGGAGGAGGUCCUCACAGUGACUGAGACCAGCCAGGGCCUGAGCUUUGAGUACGUGUGGGAGGCUGCCAAGCAUGACCAUUUUGAUGAGCAAGGUCGGGGCCACCCAGACGAAGCCUUGUCCUAUUCCAGUAUGUUCUUCCCUGUUGAAGUGUUUGAGAAUUCACUGUCAGACCCUGGCCCUGGCAAGCAAGACGGCAGUGGCCAGGAGGGGCCCCUGAGGGCUCCUGGGGUGGUUCCUGUGUUUGAUGCACACAACCUCUCUGUUGGAAGUGACUACUACAUCCAGUUGGAAGAGAAGAGCAGUAGCAGUCUGGGGCUGGAGUAUCCGCCUGCACUGCUCACAACUGAAGUGGAUAAUCCAGAAAAGGGUGGAACUGACGCACCCCAUCUCACGGCCUUUAAGACUCUUGUGUCUGAGGAACCCAGUGCAGAGGAGGAUUUCUUCCAGAGCAGUGCUCGCCCCAAAGAAGCCAACUCUGCGGAGGACUCACAUGCUGCCAGCAUCCCUGGGAGCCCUUUCAACAUAUUCAGUGACCUUGACAAAGCAGACGACCUGCCCAGUCACCAGAAAAUAUUUGAUCUAAUGGAACUAAAUGGAGUUCAAGCUGACUUUAAGCCAGCCAUCUUGAGUCCAAGCCUGGAUGGCCCCAAAGACACCUGCCAGUCUGAAAGAGAAAAGCCCCAUGACCAGGACCCUCUGUGCUUCCCAGAAAGUCCUGUGCACCAAGAUUGCUUUGAUCCACUGAGUGUCCAAGAAUUGUCAGAGAACUUCUUAUUUCUUCAGGAAAAGAAUCUGCUGAAAGGCUCGUUGCCUGGCAAGGGGCGGGUGAACGAUCUUCAGACAGAACUUAAGGACGCAGGUUUUAUCUCUGAAAUGUUAGAGUCACCCCGGAGAGGCUCUGUAAGUUCUGGACUUGAGCUCCUGGAACAUACACUAGACUUUCCCUCAUCACAGGAGAACAUGAGUGGGCAGAACAAAGGCACAGGUGGCACACCUCAGGGUGCGACCUCACCACAGGCCUCCCCGCUCACAGAAGGAUCUCCUAAUGGUCCUCCGGACUCAGUUCUGAAGUCAGGAGAAACCAAACCCUUUACAGGUGUCAGCGUCCCUGAGAACUCCGUCUGCCUGGAUCUAAGCCCCGACCCUGUGACUGGCCCAGUUGAAAUUCCUGCUGCCGAUGCCAAAGCCCCCGAUGGGGGCGAUGGGCCUCCAGAAGUCACUUGCCAAAGCAAGGAGGCCUUGAAUCCAACCAAAAGAGACCCCAUCCUUGAGAAUGAGAUUACUGCUCAGGGUAGCAUGGAGACUUGUCUUCCAGAAUCAGGUCAGGAUUUACAAAAUCAGCCAUUUUCAGAAGACCCUCUUAGUGGCAGCAUACUGGAGAAAAACUCAGAAGCCGUGGAGACUUUAAAUCAGCUUAAUUAUAAGGCUGCCCCAAAGGACGCGGCCUUGGCAUCUGCCCUCUCCUCAGACUCCACCAGCCAAGAUAGCCUCCUGGAAGACAGUUUGUCAACGCCCAUCCCCACCUCAGAGCAGUCUGUGGAGACGCCAGACUCCCUGGACUCAGUGGAUGUCCAUGCAGCAUUACUAGAGUCCCUAGGCUCCCACACCCCUCAGAAACUCUUGCCCCCUGAUAAGCCCGCAGACAGUGGCUAUGAAACAGAGAACCUGGAGUCCCCCGAGUGGACCCUGCACCCUGCACCUGAGGGCACUGCGGACUCAGACACAGCUGCAGCAGGUGAUAGCAGCCACAGCAGUUUGCCUCCCAACCCGGUCAUCGUCAUCUCAGAUGCAGGAGAUGGCCACAGGGGUGCUGAAGGUCCCCCUCAGAGCUUCUCACUUGGCACCCAGAGUUCAUAUCGAGACUCUGCGUACUUCUCAGACAAUGACUCAGAGCCAGAUAAAAAGCCUGAGGAGGCCCCAGGAACAUCCGCCAGUGCCCUGGUAUUGGUAAAGGACCAGCUCCCACCUGAGCCAGUUGCUCCAGAAGACAGCCCUGAUGAUGUCAGAGAAGGCUGCCUGGAAGCCUCACAGAGCAAGCCAGAGCAAAGUCCGGCGUCUGCUUUGCAGAAUUCUUGUCACUCAGAAUUGCAAGAGACGUUGCAGCCCACACCAGCUGAUCAGAGUCCGGCGUCUGCUUUGCAGAAUUCUUGUCACUCAGAAUUGCAAGAGACGUUGCAGCCCACACCAGCUGAUCAGAGUCCGGCGUCUGCUUUGCAGAAUUCUUGUCACUCAGAAUUGCAAGAGAUGUUGCAGCCCACACCAGCUGAUCAGAGUCCGGCGUCUGCUUUGCAGAAUUCUUGUCACUCAGAAUUGCAAGAGACGUUGCAGCCCACACCAGCUGAUCAGAGUCCGGCGUCUGCUUUGCAGAAUUCUUGUCACUCAGAAUUGCAAGAGACGUUGCAGCCCACACCAGCUGAUCAGAGUCCGGCGUCUGCUUUGCAGAAUUCUUGUCACUCAGAAUUGCAAGAGACGUUGCAGCCCACACCAGCUGAUCAGAGUCCGGCGUCUGCUUUGCAGAAUUCUUGUCACUCAGAAUUGCAAGAGACGUUGCAGCCCACACCAGCCGGUGCUUCCAGAGAGACGUACCCUGUGGACGAUGAGGCCCGCGGCCCCUUGGGUUUGUUGAAUUCAGAAUUUAGCAGCUGCGAUGACCUGGAGACACAGGAAGAUCGCCCAUGCACCCUGGCCUCCACAGGCACCAACACCAAUGAGCUCCUUGCAUACACAGGCUCCACACUGGAUAAGUCUUUGCCCAGCCACUUUGAGGGCCCCAAGCUGAAGGAGCCAGACAUUGAAGGGAAAUACCUGGGCAAACUGUGUGUGUCUGGGAUGCUGGACCUCUCGGAGGAUGGGAUGGAUGCAGAUGAAGAAGAUGAGAACAGUGACGACUCGGACGAGGACCUGCGGGCCUUCAACUUGCACAGCCUAAGCUCGGAGUCUGAAGAUGACAUGGAGCACCCUGUGCCCAUCAUUGUCAGUAAUGAUGAUGGCAGGCACCUGCGGAGUUUGCUGAAACCCUCGGCUGCCGCGGCCAUUGAGCAGCUGCCAGAUGACUGGAAGAAGGAAAAGAAGGCGGUGACAUUUUUUGAUGAUGUCACCGUUUAUCUCUUUGACCAGGAAACCCCCACCAAAGAGCUGGGGCACUGCGGAGGGGAAGCACAUGGCCCUGGGCCCAGCAGCCCGGCAGCAUCCACAGGGUCACCCUACCUAAGCAGGUGCAUGAAUUCCGAGAGCUCCACGGAUGAAGAAGGCGGAGGCUUCGAAUGGGACGAUGACUUCUCCCCAGAUCCUUUCAUGUCAAAAACAACAAGCCUUCUGGGUUCCAAGCCUUCUCUUCAAACUUCCAAAUACUUUUCUCCUCCGCCGCCGGCCAGGAGCUCAGAGCAGAGCUGGCCACACGUGUCCCCCUGCUCCCGGUUCUCCAUCUCUCCUGCCAACAUUGCCAGCUUCUCCCUCACACACCUCACGGACUCAGACAUUGAACAAGGAGGCAGCAGUGAAGAUGGAGACAAGGACUAGGUGGCCGUGGACACGCUCUCCUAGCCAGCCUCGCUCCUGCCUGUGCACCUGAGCAACGACAUCGACUCCAUGCUGACUGGCACCAGACAGGGAAUGAAAGCUCAGGAGUGAUGGAGAACUGGGCCAGCAAGCCAGCUCCCUCUGCCGCGCUCGCCUGGGCCGCUCCUGACUAGAUGUGCUCUCGUGCUGGGCAUCCUGUUGAGGUGGUCACACUGCCACACUGCUCUGGCACAUGAGUGUUGGAGGACCUGUGCACCUCAGGCCGUAGGUCUGUCUGCUGUGUGGAUGUCCACCUCACCACACCUGUGCCUCCAGUCUGGGCAUGGUGCCACAGAAGGGCGCACCAGGGGAAUGCUCAUAAGUGAGCCAUAUUUAUUGUCUUUAAGAAAAUCACUAAUGCUCUUUGACUGCACUGUGGGUGAGUGUUCUGAGCUCCCAGUAUUGUAGAGCAUCGUAAAUUAUCCGAGGAAAAGAUGGCGGGCCAAGCUGGUGCUGUCCACUGGUUUGAUUUUCUUUCUUUCUUUUUUCUUUUUUUCCUGUUUUGUGCGUCGCUCUGCAUGGUACUGUAAGCUUCAAUAUCUUGAGUGUCCUUCUGUCUCCGCACCUAUGAGACCCGCACACAGGUACUCUUCCCCAGGCCGCUCCGAUUCUGCGUGUUAGUGGUUUAUGUUUUUAGAGGAAAUAUUUUUGUUGAGGCCAAAACUCCUGUUCCGUUCCAUCGAUUGCACCGUGCAUGUUUCUGUAUAAGGUGGGUUCUCUGGGCAGCCUGCCUCUCAUGCUUUUAAAUCCUUUCGGUAGAAAUCCUAUAAGAGAUACACCCAGAACUCAGUGCCCAGGGUCCUUUUCUGCUGAAGUGAGGCACCACUUCCUCUGCACAGAGACCAGCCUCCAGGAGCCCUGUGUCCCUCAGGCAGGGGGACCUCUGAGACAGACACUGGUCCCUACAGAGCUGCAAGUGACAAGAGCAGUUUGUCUACUCUGGGUACUGCUGGGAGAAAUGUUUGGAAAUGUCUGGGGCGGGUUCUUCCCAUUCCAGGCUAUAGCACCCAGGAUGCAGGCAGCCUGCUGUAGCUGCAAGGAGGAGGGCAGGGACCCCAGCAGGGCCUCCAGCCACCCCGUGGCCCCCCUCCUGUAUCAAGCACCCAGCCCUCCUCUUUUUCUGAAAGGGAUCUCACAUCUUCAGCAUAGCCUCAGUAUAUCUUCGGAGGAAUCUGCUGUCCCCAACACAAGAGCGAGGCCUCACUCUGCAGCCCUGGAGUUCUGCUUUGACAGAGGAAGUGUUGGUAGCCAGCAUGGCAGGGAACUGCACCUGCUGGGGUGGGUCUUCUCACUUGGGCUCCUCACCCCAAAUGCUUCCCGGUGCUGACCCCGCUACCCAGACUCCAGUGUGACCAUGGGAGGAGUCUCCAGGCCCUGGCCAGGACAUUGUGCUGUCCAUCAGAGUACAGGUGUGAAUGUCAGCUUGAGUUUACGUAGCAAUUAUGACCUUUAUUACCAACUCUGAUUCGAUCCAUGAAUUUUUUAUACUAAGCAAUAACUUUAACGAUCAGCAGAAGGAAUUUGAGAACAGAGUCUCCUCUUCCCAUACUUGGUGCAGACCUAGCCUGCCUGGACUCCGUAGAAAGCACUGGAUCUUGUGACAUGUGUAUUCAAAACAGGCAUUUGAAAGUGACUUUGCCAAAAUUGUCAUAACUGAACUUUUGCUCUGUGGACUUUCUGAUUUUGUUUUUAAUUUUUACCUCUAUCUACCAGUCUUAGUUGAGAAAGAAAGGAGACAUAAUUAUAAUAAGUUUUUGUUUCAAAUUCUAGGUUUAAGAAGUGCAGAUUCCCUGAUUACAGUCAGGUGGACUCGUAUAUAUUUAUAGUCUCUCCGCAGCCAGCCUGGGACAGACCGACUGACAUUUGAGGGCUGGCCGUCUUUCACCAUGCUAAAGGGAUUUUAACAAUACAUCCCAUUUCUAUUUAUCCAUAUCGCUCUCAUGGUUCAUUGCCAAAACGAAAGCAUUUUAUGUAUUGAGUUGAGGUUGGGAUGGGGUGGCUCUUUCUGUGGCGUCGCAUGGGAGGGAAGACUUUGUAUAACACUCGGUCGUCAACACAUCCUCCCCCAAUCUCCAGCAAUAUACAGAAAUUUCAGUAGACUAAACUCAGCCCGGUUUUAAAUGUGAGCAUGCGCUUUGCCAUCCAAUGUGGGUUUUGCUUUGGCUUAGGUUUUGGUUUUUGAUUUUUAAGACAGGGUUUCUCUGUGUAGCCCUGGCUGUCCUGGAACUCACUCUGUAGACCAGGCUGGCCUCGAACUCAAGAGAUCCACCUGCCUCUGCCCCCUGAGUGCAGCCUCCAUACCCAGCUGGUUUUAUUUUUUAAUGAUAACUUGGUUGGUUUUGGGGGGCUUUCCAAACCUGGUCACUCAUGUAAGCGAUGAAACGAGCCAGUGGCACCUGUGGCUGGCGUGCGAUGGGCUCAGUGACUUUUCUUUCUGCACUCUGCCUCAUCCUCCACCUACCAGACUGGAAACUGACUUUUAAUCCUCUAAUAAAAACAAUGAGCCCUCCAAGUCCUUCUUUGAUAUCUUCUGUUUGUUAUAAGUCAGAAAGAAGUAGUUCUCCCCCGAGACUCAGACUCUGUCUGGGCCAGAAGCCAUUCAUCGGGGUUGCAAUGGCAAGCAGCCUCCCUCCUUUUCCCCACAUACAGGCUUGGUUUUCAGGAGAUGGGUUUCUCUAAGGAAGUCUGUCUCUCUGCUGUAAAAUGCCUUUUGAAACCGUCCCUCUUUUUCAUACUUCCCAUAGGGCAUUUGUAGAAUUAGUGACCUACUGCAUGUCUGUCCCCAGGACGGGGAAAGACAGGCAGCUCCUCAGCCUCCUCCCACCCCUCAGCCUGAAAACUCAGGUGCAACCAAGUGUUCGGCUCUGUGCGCCUCGCUUCAGAGCAUCCCGCUUGAGAGGAGCCACCUUCUAGUAAGAGUGGGCAGACACGGGUACGUGCGUCAAACAUACAUCUCAAUAUUUCUCAAGCAGCAAACGGGGGUCGCAGUCUUGGCUCUUAGGAAACUACUUAACUUCCACAGACGUUCUUAAGAUGUGUCGACAGUAUUGCGUCACCCGCUGCUGUCCCGGGCUUGAACAGACGGUGUUUGGUUUGCCUGCAUAGGCAAAGCUGGGUCUUGGUGACUGGACUUGUGCAUGUGCCCACUGUUUCGUCCCGUCCACGGCCAGGGAUCUGGGCAGGGCAGUCACACCCAUAGCCCGGCACCUACGAGGUUGUACUUAACACAAUCAGAUGGGGUUCACGGCAAUAUAACAGUUAAUGAACUUGGAGUUUAAAUUGUGUACAUUUUUAAAUUGUAAGAUUUUUACUGUAUAUUGAAGCUUAGUGUGAUUCAAUAAAUUGCUUGUAAUUUAAAAACUAUUUAAUAUUCAAAAUAAAUAUAGUUAUAUAUUUAUAAUAA